AUGACAAACCCAGUCCCUAAACACCUUAUUCUCGUCUGUUGCCAUGCAAUAUAUCUCGGCGGACCGUCCAACGGUCUCCAUGAAGAAGAAUGGCUAAUCGCUUCCUUCCAAUCAGGCGAAACGGCCACGUUCACCCAGCAUGCUCAAGCCGGACUCAACCUCCUCUCCAACGACCCCUCAGGACUCCUCAUAUUUUCAGGGUCCAAAACACGAAAAGAGGUGCAAAAGUCCGAAGCUCAAUCGUAUCUUGAUUUAUGUCUACAUAACGAUUUCUGGGGCCUCUUGGACAACUGUACACAGAAAGAGGAAAUUGUCAGGGAGAGGAUAGCGCUGGAAGAACAGGCGUUGGAUUCUUUUGGGAAUCUGAUAUUCUCCACGAUGCUGUUCUGGAAAAGGACUGGACAGUGGCCGGCGAAAAUCACAAUCGUGAGUCACGAGUUCAAAAGGGAGAGGUUUUUGGACUUGCAUGUUGGAGCGAUGCGGUGGCCGAGGGGUAAGGUUGAGUACUUGGGAAUCGAUCCAGUGUAUAUGACGGAAGGUUCUAGGGAAUGGGAUGGCGAGAGGACGCAGGCGGUAAGGAAAGGUGAGAAGGAGAGAGGCCUAGGGGUUUGGGAAAGGGAUCGAUUCGGCACAGGCCAGUUUUUGAGGGGAAAGAGAAGGGAGAGGAAUCACUGGCAGGUUGGUCAAAUGCUGUUUGGCAGCGAGGAAGAGAGACUAAGAAGCCAAGUUCGAAGCGAGAUCAUAGAGUAUGAGGAUGGCUUGAGGGAGGAGGUGCUGAAGGAUGAGAGGCAGCCUUGGGAAAUGGAUCUAUAGGGUUCAAGAAAUUCUCCAGAUUAGUGGAAGCCGUCUGUUGCUUUUUCGGAUUCCUGAAUUCAAGCAAGGAGACUUUAAUUUCGUGCCGCUUAUACUUAUUACUCACUGGGCC